AUGAGUUCCUCAUAUACCACUCCAGAAAGAUUUUCUUCUCUCUCAAAACCUGUCAAUUCACUUCAAAGUCCUACUUCCUCCUACGAUAGCUUUAACUCCAUCCAAACAAAUAAAGAAAAGGAAGAUAUAGCGCAGAAGAAUAUCUCAGGCAGGAAAAAUAGCACUUUUGCAUACAGGAUCUGUGAACAUGUGAAACUGGGUCCAAAGCUGUCAGAAACUCUGAAGGGAAAGUUGAGCUUGGGGUCAAAGAUCAUACAAGAAGGUGGAAGAAGGAACAUUUUCAAGCGUAUUUUUGGGAUGGAAGAUGAUGAACAGCUUUUGAAAGCUUCACAGUGUUAUUUGUAUACAACGGCUGGUCCUAUUGCAGGCGUUCUCUUCAUUUCCACAGAAAAAAUUGCAUUUUGCAGCGAAAGGCCCAUGAACUUCUCUUCUUCCACAGGAGAUUUAGUCAGUGCACCUUACAAGGUUUUGAUACCAAUAGAGAAGAUAAAAGAGGCCAGUGAGAGUGAGAAUGUGAACAAGUCAGAACAGAAGUUCAUUGAGAUAGUGACUAAAGAUGGCUCUGAGUUUUGGUUUCUGGGGUUUCUGCGGUAUGAGAAAGCUUUAACAAAUCUCCAGAAAGCCAUUUCUAUGGCCAGUUAGAUCUCACCACGUAACUAAAUUCUUGAACUUUUGUCAGAGUCUCUAAUGUAUAAAUCAUGAAAUGUGUGUGUAUGUAUAUAUGUGCGCGCGCGCACCCUUUGCACAAGUAUUAGAGUUUGACUUUUUUUUUUUUUUUGGGGCUCUUUGUAUUAAAUGGAGAUUGAUAGUUAGUAUUAAAUUUUGUUUAUAUUUUACUGAAUUAUUCAAUGUCAACCCGCCGCUGAUGCUUUGUCUGAACGAAAAGCUUUUGAUUA